GCUGUACCGAAUCCUCGCACCCUUUCUCCGUUGUACCAAAGCAUCAACAGUGCAAUCACCAUCUCGAGUCCACGACAAUCAACAACACAAUACAGGGACUAUAAGACCCAUUAGCUAGCCUAGACAAGCGAUCUUCAGCAAGAUGAACGUUCUGCUGCCCACGCAUCCGUCAUCGUUCUCCGAAUUCCCACUUCAUCAUCACGACCAACAUAACAAUCCUGCCUCUCCUCACACAUCCAGCUCAAGAAUGGGAUCUCGAAAGCGGAAGGCCGACGACGAUGGCAUCGACGACAGCAUGAGCAUCUCACCCCAGAAUUCCCCCGCUUUUGCUCCUCGCACUAUUGCUCGACCUGCGAAGAGAUCAAGAGCCAACGAAGUCGCCGGCCGUCCCCUCGCACUCCCCCGUCUCCUCGAAACACUUGACGCCGAGUCUCUACGAUCCGUCCUUCAAACAAUAUGUGAACGACAUCCCCAGAUCGGUGCUGAAGUGGUGGACUCAGCACCAAGACCUUCCGUUGCCGCAACCAUCGACGUCCUCUCCUCAUACCAAGAAAAGCUACGAGAAGCCUUCCCAUUCGGCGGUAACGCUGGCUCAGAUUAUGCCUACAAUCGAGUCAAGCAACCGUUGCUUGAUCUCAUCGAAGCCCUGACCGACUUUACGCCGCAUUACCUACCCCCGCACGAAACCCAACCUACCGUCUCCCUCAACUACCUCGAUAACGCAACGAAAGUCAUUCACGACCUCCCGGAAUGGGACAGUCAAUCACAUAAACACCACAAAGACAAUGCUUACGACGAGAUUUCGAGGGCUUGGGCUCUAGUCAUCAGUGAGGCAUCGAAGCGCGGAGGAGGCUUCCAGCUACAUUCCGGCGGAUGGGACCAGAGACUUCAGAAGCACAACGAGCAGAGCGGUGGUCGAAUGCAGGUCGCUGUCAAUGCUCUUGGAUCGGAACUGAGUUGGAUGGGCGGUGUGGGUGGUGGAGGCGGUUCCAGUGAUCCUAACUCGAUCCGCAACCAACUUCUGAAUGGCACAUAUGGCGCACCUUCAGGUAAUCUACCCGUCCGCGUAGGACUAUGGUAGAGAGGUGACAUGAGUGGUUCAGGAUCAUGAUACCCGAGGCCCAUUUCCAUGGGGUACAUACGAAGCAGCGAGAUUGUCACAUCGGUUCGGGAUGCUAUAGAAGGCAGCUGUUCACACAUCGGCGUCUAGUGUUUAUUACAGUACCUGCCCUACGGCAGUACUUACGAAGCUUACGAAGAUUCCCAUUUUCUUUUGUCAGAGCUCUUCGAGCAUGCUUGGGAGUUGGGCUUCUCGGAUGAAUUUGGUUUUUAUGCAUUUGAGCCUUCAUGCAAAGGCGGCAAAUAAUGUCAGGAGUACACUCUCUCUGCCAGAGCGAAUUGGGUGUGGUAGCUUAGACUAGGACCAUGGAGAGUGAUUACAGCGAUGUGAGGCAAGUGUCUGCAUGUGAUGAUGUAUUGAUAAAUUCUCCAUGAAAAUUUGAACAAAAGUGCUAAAGCAGAUUUAACCGUAAAUGCCAAAUGCCAAUGAAGAAACG